ACAUCGAGUCCCGGAUAUAUUUACUGCAGGGUGUGCGUCGGUCGUCAAACAGGGACAGGUACAAUGAAACGGGGGAUAUUAGUCCUAACAUUCACAUGUGCGUUCCUACUGUUGUUAAUAUGUUUCUACGUCAAACAACUACCUGGAUAUACUGGGAGCCAAGUCGGAGAGAUAUUUGCAGGGACAGUAACUUCGAAUUCGAACCUGCAAUACAGUUCAUCUGGAAAAAGUCAAGAUGAGAAGCACUAUUUGAGGUUCACGAAAUGGUGGCAAGCAUCUGCUCUCUUUAAAUGGGAGUGGGAGAAGCCAAUGGAAUACAGCUGUAAGACAAUAGUGCCAAUGGGAAACUGGCAUGUGUGUAUGGACCAUCCGUAUACGAUCAAGCCACCCUGUAUUGUAUAUUCCUUUGGAAUCUACGUUGACUGGUCAUUUGAUGACGCAAUGGGGAAACAUGGCUGUGAGGUCCAUUGUUUUGAUCCAAGUAUAGGAAAACAGGACUUUAACAGAAGCCAGAACGUCCAUUUCCACAACCUCGGCAUCGCACAGUAUGACAGUGACACAUUUGAGGCACGAAAGGAUGUCUACGUCCAUAACAAACAAAUAUGGAAAAUCAGACGCCUCAAGUCUGUCAUGGAAAUGCUUGGACAUAAAACCAUCGAUGUUCUCAAGAUCGACAUUGAAACAAGCGAGUGGCCAACAGCAAAAGAUUUAGUGGGAUCGGGUGUGCUCUCCAAUGUCAGACAAUUCCUGAUAGAAUGGCACCUGUUCUUGGACUAUCCCAGCACGGACAAAUAUAUUGAGUUAUACAAUACUUACAUGGCUGUGAAGGACCAAGGAUUCUCCACUUUCAAGGUGGAUUUUCAUCACAACACCAUAAAGAAAAAUAACCUGCUGUUUCAAGCUGACGUGGAUUAUGUCAACACGGCGUAUAAAGGGAAGUAAUUCUUACCGGACCAAGAAAUGGUUAUCACUCUUUGCAGCUACCUUCACUCAGGUACCACCAAAUCGGGACGAUUGUGCCUACUCUGAACCGUAGCUGUGUAUGUGGGAAUGUGUUGGUAUAGGAGUGUGGUGAGGGUAUAUGUCUUUAUACUAUCUCUGAGGACCGAAAUCUCUCUUUGACGAGAUUUGGUGGCAAUCCAUCAGAUAUUUUGUUUCACUUUUCCGAUUGAAAUGUUUCUUCAGAGAGAUGGUAUUAUUACCUCAUUAACUUAAUAAUCCAAUUAAUUAGUCUCCUGCACAUAUAUGCGAUUACUUGUGUUGGUUUUGAAAUCUAUGGCUGCUCUAACGUCUAAUGAUACAACUCAAACAUGUCCAUAUAAUUAAUUGAUAUUUGAGUCAAGAAAUAAAAAUAUUUGAGUGAUG